AUGGCAGCAGUGAGCAGUGGUCUCGUGGUUCUCACCGGUGCUACUGGCUUCGUGGGAUUCAAGACACUCAUCUUUUCGCUGAAGGCCGGGUACAGUGUGCGCAUUGUGGUCCGCUCCGAUAGCAAGGGUCACGGAGUUCUUGAAGCGUCUUCCAUUAAGGCGAUGAAUCUCGGUAGUGAGCGACUCUCCUACUUUGUUGUCCCGGAUAUCAUCGCUCCUCGCGCCUACGACGAUGCGGUGAAAGGAGCAACUUAUGUCAUUCAUUGUGCGUCUCCGAUUCCCAGCUUUGGUGACGCGCCUCCCACUGCGGAGCUUUACGACAAGUUCUUCGUCCAGACGGCUCGGAAGGCCACUAUCGGUCUCCUCGAGAGCAUUCGCAGGGCCAGCACAGUCAAGCGGGUUGUCAUAACCAGUUCUAUUGCCGGAAAUAUCCCCUUGAAGUACUUUGUUGGCCAAGGAGACGAUAAAGUUUUCGACGCCGAGAGCCGCACCACUCUUGAUCCUGGCCCAUAUGACAUUGAGUUCCAGGCCUAUAGCGCUAGCAAAGUUGCUGCUCUAAAUGCCUCAGAAUCUUGGAUGGAGGAGAACAACCCUAGCUUUGACUUAAUUAGUAUCCUUCCUGGUUGGGUAUUUGGUCGUGAUGAGUUAUGCACAACCGCUGCUGACCUUAAGACCGGGUCUACCAAUUCCGUCCUUUUGGGCUUGCUAAAGGGCUCCCAGUCGGAUGACCCCUUGAUGGGCAACACGUCUUUUGUGGACGAUGUCGCCCAGGUGCACAUCGGCGCCCUUGAUCCAAAGAUUGAGGGUAACCAGGCAUUCAUUUUGAGCUCGGAUGGUAUCAAUGGUGCGAAGUGGGAGGACGCCAUUAAAGUUGUUAAGCAGUAUUUUCCUCAGGCCUUGGUUGAUGGACGAUUGAAAAGCACCGGGAAACAACCGACGGCUGUGGUUCGGGUUGACGCAGGGAAGACUGAGAAGACCUUCGGUAUCCGUUUGCGCAGCUUUGAGGAACAGGUCAAGAGUUUAGCUGGCCAGUACCUUGAACUUACCGGGUAUUAA